CGUCGAUCCAGAGCUGGGGGGCCCAGAAACUUGCGGAAUGGCUCCGUUGCAUGUUUCGCUCUCAUUAGAUUCUGGCGGCGACUGCGACAGUUACUGUGACCGGCGGCGAAGUGCAACCCGCGACCGGACCGCUGCCCGUUAUUGGUUUCAGCAGCUGCCCGGCCGCGGUGGACUCGAUGCAUGCACCAAGUCGAAAGAGACAUUCACGCACGGCGGGUGGCAGGGACGCAGCCCGCGUCUCUGGUCCCCAGUGGCGCGGGAAUACCAGAUUGACUCAAGAUGGCGCACCUGCUGCAGCACAGCAUUCGCAGUAUCCAUUCUGCAACCCCCAGGGUCUCGGCAGCUCGCCUUGGCGCCAGAUCGCUCCAUCCGGGACCGCCAGCUGUUUGGCUGUUAUCGUUCCAUCUCUUUCGCGGGGCCAAAUAGUCGCAGCAUCUUGGAUCUAGGCCACGGUUGCAACGGGUUCUGUGCUGCCGAUGUCUGGGUCGGUGCCAGGUGCAUCCACGAGGUAUAUCGCCUGCUACGCAACGGGCGAGUGCCCCUGCCCGGCUCGUCAACGACAACAAAAAUGACCUACGAAGCUCUGAUGUCCGGGACCGUGCAGUUACACAGAGAUCUCUGUGCAGGGAAUCGCAGCAUGCGACGCGGUCUAAGAGUUGGCCGCCACGGCACCUCUCAAAGAACGGGGUGUAUGACUGCUAUCCCCCCUUUUCUUUUGCUUCCCCCCUGACCGCUCUCAAGCGCAUAUAAAGCAGCACAGGCCCCCCAACCAACUGCCACUCGUCGAGUUGGCCGAGCCAGGAAGAUCAGUCUACGUAGACUACCCCC